AUGAGCGACCGCGCCAGCAGCACGAGCUCUGAAGAUCAUCACGAUCACAAUGGUCACGAUCACUCUGCUCACGAGCCAAGUAGCCGAGGGCCUCCGCGGAAGCGCAAUCGUGCAGCUUUGAGCUGCACGCUUUGCCGCGAGCGCAAGGUCAAAUGUGACCGCGUCAUUCCUUGCACCCAGUGUAUCAAGCGCGGCGAUCAAGCUUUUUGUCACUUGGACCCUAACAAGACAGGACCCGCACCCAAACAGCCAUCCAAGUCAGCAGCCGAGAGUCAAGCUCAACAUGCUGCUGCCAAAACCAAUCACGCGCAUCCACUGAGCGACGAGUACGGCCAUCAUUCUCGCGAUGCGCCUGUGCACCCCAUCAAUCAAGCUCAGGUCUCAUGGGAGUCCGCGGAGGUGUCGGCUAUCAAAGCGAGGCUAGCACAGCUCGAGGCUGCCCUCCAGGCAAGCACUGCAGCAAGCGGACGCGUCAUGCCAGACCUGGCACCUUCUCAACCAUCGCAGGCAUCUGUAUCUCAGAGCUUGGCGCAGAUGUACGGCCCAUCAACGUACGAGUCGACCAAGUCCGUCUCUUCUCACGGCGCUGCACCGAGCCGGUCCACAUCUUCGGCGAACCUGUUCGAUUCGACAUCGGCCAGCGCUGCGGCGUUCGGUGCUUCGAGUACAUCAACGUCACAUAGUUUGCCGGACGGCAUUCGCUUGCCAUCACUCCAAACUGGCUCCAGCAAUAGUCCCACCAGUGCGUUCGACGCUCGUUUCGACCGGAGUAACAGCCUGACAAGCUCGUUUAGCCGCGCAGACGAUCGCAACAGUGUCUCCGCUCCCCAGAGACCGUCAGCGGCGCCAGAGACACCUGGCGCAGCUCAUCGGGCUGAGGUCGACAGCGACACUGAAGAUGCAGCAUUGGUGCUUGAGGGUCUCGCGAUGGGCUCGCGCCCCCGAGACGGUAAGAGCACCAAAGCUAGCAAGCUGGCAAAGGCGGGUGGACUCCCCGCGGCCGACCGGGGCGAUGACGAUGUCAUCAGAAGAGCACCGACCAAGGCGAUUCAAGACUUUGUUGAAGCGGACCGGACUCGCAACAUUAUGGACACCGCAGAGUAUCAGUGCACUGACGAAGACAAAGCUCGAGCUGCCGAGAUGGCACAGAAGGCUGCGACGUGUCGCAACACGGACGAGUACUACAAAGAUCUGCCACUCGAUGCCUACUACGGUCACGACGGCAAGCCUCUGUCGCCCGCUCGCGUUGUAUGCCGCAUGCUCUCUACCCACUCCGACUCGCUUCUGCGUCUCAUAUCCGGCCCUGAAACAGCGCUAGGCUGGGGCAUUGGUUGGGCUUUCGCAGCCGCAGAGGCAGCUGGCGACAUGAAGAGCGUCAACGAAGUCAAAGGGUGUCCCGGUGCGCUGCAGCGAGAAGCUGUGCUGCGUGCAAUUCUUCGCAGCCUGCCUUCUCACGAGGUCGCAAAUCACCUUGUGAACGUGUUCGACGAGCGGGUCAAGGCGCUGGCAGGACAUGUCAUACACAUGCCUUCCUUCCGCAAGGAGGUGGCUGCGCUGUAUGCGCUCGACACGGUGGAGAAACGAGCGCGUGUCAUCCAUAUUGUGGAUCCGGGAUGGCUAGCGCAACUGCUCAUGGUGUUCGUCCUUGCAUUGCAUUUCCAUCCCUGCGAUCCUGAAAGGCCAGAGAUGGUCAUGCACCUCUUUGAUGGUCGGACCGUCCAUUUGUGGCGCUCAGCUGCUCAGACGGCUCUUGUGCUGGCAAGAUAUCAGUCGAGCUCUUCGUUGUCGGUACUCGUCGCAAUCAUCCUGGUCAACCUUCACGCCGCCGGAACUGGUCGCGAAAACUUUGGCCUCAUGCACGUCGCGAUCACCAACGCGCGAGAAAUGGGAUUGCACAAGCUGGGAUCGAGAGAUAGGUCUCCCAAACCGGGGGAGAACGUGGGCGUGCAGAUUCGUCGAGAGCUUGCCAAACGUAUCUGGUACUGCCUAUGCUACAAGGAUUGGUGCAGUGCGACCUUUACGGGUGGCGCCUACACUGUCCAUCCCGACCACUUCAACACGCCUCCGCCUUCUAAUUACAACGACGAGGAUCUGUGCAAGUCGCCACUUCCACCACCUCAUCCGCCCACCAAGUAUACGGAGAUGUCGUUCUUGCUGGUGCAGUACAAGCUCAUGUCGCUCAUUCGCGAGCACAUCGAUUUGCACAAUAAGCGAGAGAUUCAAGGCACCAAAGGCCUCAGUGGCGACGACAUCGAGUACCUCGACGGGCGGUAUCGUAUGCUGCUGGCUGACGAGGUGCCGGGCUUCUUUCGCGUUGGCAGCGAGGAAGGAGCGGGCUCGAACAUGGAGGUGGAGCGCUUUUUGUUGCAGCAGACUGUCUUUCAUCGUCUUUUGCGCCUCCACAGACCCAACUUGUCCAGGCAAUCUUCAAGACACAGCUGUGUCUUGCUAGCUCGCUCAAUCCUAGACUUGCAACGCCGCAUCCGAGCGCGAUGCUCAGUCAUCGAUCGGCUCUUCCUCAACCUCGGUCAAUCUUUCAGCGCAGCUAUCGUGUUGUGUCUAGAUUUGCUGCAGAUCAGACCCACUGCGACCAUGCGAACCAUCGUCAGAUCAGAAAUUGGCGAGGCUGUCAAAGCGCUUCGUCAUGUUGCUUCCGCUCACCACACGACCAGUCGCAGUAUUCGCGUGAUCGAGGCUUUGCUGGACGAAGAGGCGUCCCGUUGGGAGGCGGGCGCAGGCACGGAUGCAGCGUCCAACAAGCGCAAAAGAGACGGAGAACAAGGCUCUGGCAAGAACAAGCAAAACCUGCUCAGCUUGGCUUUGCGGGUCGCCAGGGCUGCAAGCGGACCAGAGGAGGAUGCUGAAAAGUUUGGCACCGCGUGCACUCCGGUUGCCGCUACCGGCGCAGAUGGUUCGCCAACGUCUAGCGAGUCUCAGUGCGCUGCCAAGGACGCUCGAAGUCGCGAGCUCAUGGAACAACUGAUGACGGCCCCGCCUUACAGAGACGAGCCUUCGUCGUUUGCGAAUUUCGAUGCCGCAACGUUGUACGGUCAGACGCCGGGCGCAAAUCUCGACUUUCUUUCGCCUGCAGAUGGGCAGAGCGAUGCCUUUGACAUCUCCAAGUUCUUGGCGGACUUUGGUUCGCCACUUAGCGAUGGUAGCGGCCAAGCGUCGACGAAUGGCAAUGCGACCAACGAACCAGGUGGCAUGAGUCGCAACAGCUCCUUCCUAGACCAUUCUUCCGGCUCCUCUUCUGGUGGUCAUGCGGCAAGGGGAAGCUUUGGAGAAGGUAGCAUCGAAGGUCACUCGCGCACCGCUUCGCCGCAGACAUCCAUCUCGGAUCACAGUGGGUACAAGAACGGCGCGAAUAGCAACUUCCCGAGCCAUCACGCGCCGAGUCGGCAAGGAUCUGGCGAAGCGAACAAGGUGACGGACGCCCUCUGGGCAUGGAUGCUGGCGCAGGGUCAGCAGGCUGUGCGACCAGAGCCUGUGCAGCGUCCACUUGGACAGCCAAAUUGGCAGCCUCCUCUAUCUGCGGCCUCGCAGACCCAACCUCCACCAGCGUCGAUUGCGGAGUGGUCAGGCCUGGAUCCGUGGAGCAGUACGAACACUUCGAACGCUGGUGCAGCGGCAUUAUCCGCACCCUCACCCGCUUCGUUCGCGAGUCUUAUAGCCAGCGCGACAGCUUCAGCACCGCAAGACGUUGGCUCCAAUCUCUACCAGAGCGCCGCCGCCGUUGAGCCCCCUUCCACCUCUCAGCAGACAUCCCUUUCCGUCGGAACCCCCUCGGCCGGCUUUCCUGGAUUCAAUUCGAACCUCUUUUCUACGCCCAGCAAUUGGGAGUUCAACUGGUUGCCUUCAUUUACUGAACAGUCUUGA